UAUUGAAGCCCUUUGGCUACACGGUGAUGGACCCGGUGGAGGCGGAGGAGCUCGAAGUCGCGGCCGUUCGGCCGAGAGACCGGGACGCGGCGCCGCUGGAGCGGCUGCCGCGGCUGGUGCACUGCAUGUCGACGGCGCAGACCAUCGCUUCGGUCCAGGCGCUCGUCGCGCCGCGCAAGGGCUUGCGCGGCCUGGUGGACGUGCGGCGCUGCUGCGCGCUGCUCGACCGCGCGGAGUCCGUCGACGCGCUCGAGGACGCGCACGACGAGGCGCACAGCCGGCACGCGGAGCUGGUCGAGGAGCUGGUCGAGCGGCUGCCCGCGGGCGAGAAGCCCGCGCUCAACAUCGUCUGCACCGCGGUGCUGUACGACGACCUGCUGCGGCAGGUGCGGGAGUGGGCGAGGCUGGGGCACAGCCCGGCCGAGAUACAGGCGGAGCUAGACGCGCGAUUCGCGCGCGUGGCGGGCGUGCUGGGAGACGUUAGCUUCGUCAAGUAGCGCCGCUGUACGAUCGGGUCAUUCGUUCAGCGCCACGAUUCAGCGCCUUCAGCUUCACCCAGCUGCAGUCGCCCAACCCCCCCAGGGGAUGCGCGUGGACGGGGAAGAGUCUCAGGCUGGCCGAGAUGCAUCUCUGUGCGACAGCUUGUCGAGUUUACACAUGUGUGAGAGAGUGUGUGUGCGUGUGUGUCUUCUUCGUUGAGUCGGUUGGAAGGACGAUGAGAGCCGC